AUGAAUGUGCAGCGAAACCCCAAGGACUCCAUAGCGUCCACCUGGCGCCAGAAAGACCGAUCUGAAUGGAACAUGUUCCAUUGGUUUUACGAGAUAUUACAACUACACCCCGUCAAUCUCGACAAGCAGAUACCAGUACACCCAAAAUCCGACAAGGUUCCGUACCUGAAUGACUGGUAUCAGCAUCGCUGGAUUCUUGCACACGCCUUUGCGCCGAUUUUGCUGCACCAUCUGUAUACCACCUAUACAGGAUACAACUUGAGCACCUGGCAGGCAAUUGUGUUUUACAGUCUCGCCUUCAAGCUCAACGCCAUCCGCGAAUUACACCUCCUGCGCAGAAUUGGCGAGCAGAUUGGCUUUCUUGACGGCGACGUCCAUGAGCGCGAUGGUGUACCAGACAAUAGCGUCAUCAAAGUGUUUCGGUCGCUCGUGUCAACUUCCACUUUCCGGCCAGUUUUCACCGUUUUCUUAGCCUAUCAGAUUGACAAAACCCCCGCAUCGAUGAGCCUAUACCUCCUACCUCUCGAGACUGGUCUUUACGCGAUCACUCUCGACUUUUGGUUUUACUGGUAUCAUCGGUUGAUGCACACCGUGGAAGGCCUCUGGCAGUACCACCGCACCCAUCACUUGACCAAGCACCCGAACCCACUUCUCACAUUAUAUGCUGAUACCGAGCAAGAAAUAUUUGACAUUGCUGGUAUUCCAUUAUUAGCCUACUUCACUAUGAAGUUGUUUGGCUUGCCGAUGGGCUUCUACGAGUGGUGGGUGUGUCACCAAUACGUUGUCUGGGCCGAACUGGCUGGCCAUAGUGGUCUUCGCAUGGCUGCUACACCUCCAAACCCAGUCAAUUGGCUGCUGCGUAUGUUCUCGGCGGAGCUCAUCAUCGAAGAUCAUGAUCUGCAUCACCGCCAAGGAUGGAAGACGAGUGCCAACUAUGGCAAGCAAACCAGGCUGUGGGACCGAAUAUUUGGCACUUGUCGCGAACGUGUCGAGUGCUACAACGAAAAUGUCGAAUGGGAUACACUAGUAAAACUGCCCACUUUUUAA